GGAAUUCACGUUUAAUCCAAGUAGGCAAUUCUGGAAGAAUGACAACCCCAUUUGCCUGCAACUGGUGAAUCCAAAAAGAUGCAACUCACGUGGAUUAUAGGAACAGUCUUCAAACAGCACCCUGGCAAGCAGCUUAAUCAUACAGAUUUCCAUCAUCCGCCUUUUUUAAAAAAACCGUUCCCAACGAGCGGAACAAACACCAGCCGAUUGGAGUUUAGACAAGCAGAGGGCAGGUUCAGAGUGAGAGGGCGUUCCGAGCCAACCAAGUGCGGCACAAGAGAGGGUUGACUGCAAGUUGAACGUCUCUCUGGGCUGGAGCCGCGCUCCCUCUCUGCUGAGAAAGAGGAAGCGAGUGGUCGAGUCUAAUGUAUCAAACAAGGCGGUGCUGGAUACCAUGUGAGCUGCAGUUUCCUUGGCCCCGCUCCUCGUACAUCUGGGGCAGAUGUGGAUUCGGGAUCGGGGUUUUGCAACCCAUGGCGUAACGAAGCAAGAGCAAAUUUAAACCAUUAAUAAGGAAGACGGCGCCUUCUCCACAGGCGACUCAACAUGCGGAAACGACAGCAGCAACCUCUACAAACUCCCUUCUUCCUUCCCAGGAAUGCAGGAAAUGAGCCGGAAAACCUGGAUAAAAAGCCUCAGUUUCACUUGGAUCUUUGGUUCUACUUCACGGUGCAAAACUGGAUCCUGGAUUUUGGCCGUCCCAUUGCAAUGAUCAUCCUUCCCUUGGAGUGGUUUCCACUGAAUAAGCCAAGUGUUGGUGAUUAUUUCCACAUGGCCUAUAACAUUAUCACACCGUUCCUCCUGCUGAAGCUUAUCGAGCGCUCCCCCAAGACUCUGCCUCUGUCCGCAGUGUACAUCUGCAUCAUCACGUUUGUGAUGGGAGCCAGCAUUCAUCUUGUCGGUGAUUCUGUGAACCACCGGCUCAUUUUAAGCGGCUACCAGCUGCACUUGUCUGUUCGAGAUAACCCAAUGAUGAAGGAGCUGAAACCAGAGACACUGAUUGACUCGUUUGAGCUGCUUUACUACUAUGAUGAAUCUUUGGGUCACUUGAUGUGGUACAUUCCCCUCUUCAUAAUUUUCUGCCUGUAUUUUACUGGUUGCUUCACCCUGUGUCGCAAGGACAGCAGAAUGCCUAUGUCCGCAUGGCUUCUCCUCGGUCCAAGCAGCCUCUACUACUGGUACCUGGUGACGGAGGGUCAGAUCUUCGUCCUCUAUAUCUUCACCACCUUUGCCAUGAUGGCUACAGUGAUGCACAAGAAACGCAAAGGCCUGGUCAUGGACAGCAACGGCCUUUUCCUCUUUUACUCCUUCUGUAUCACGCUGGUCCUGAUCUCCGUAUGGGUGGCCUUCCUUUGGAAUGACAAAAUUCUCCGGCGAAAGUACCCGGGAGUGAUGUAUGUGCCGGAACCCUGGGCAUAUUACACCCUCCACAUCAAGAAGACACCAUAGGUUUUUGCCCCCCUCCCGUUUCUCAGGUGGGUUUAGCUGAGGCCUCAGCUGCUGCUCGAACAGGUAGGCAAAGCUUCCGUCAGAAAAGUUGACCCAGCGUGUAGCAAUACCAUAUGCAAAAAAAACCCCCACCACACAACAGGAGAUGGCUCCUUGCUCCUUCAAACCCGUGGGGAAUGCAGUACGUCCAGUCACGGUGGCUCCAUUGUGAUCGUGUAUAGUCUUUCCGCUGACUGGUUAGCACGCGACAAAAAAGCUUUUCACUGUACCUCGACAUGCAUGACAGAUAACGUAACUAAACUAAAGAGAUGCAGGCCAUUCACUUGAUCUCAUCCCCAACUAACCCCCCAGCACAAUACUUCACUUCCCACUAGGGUAAAGCAAGUCUGCAGGGCCUUUGAGGCAUUCUUAUUCAGCUUUAGGUCCCUCUGCCAUAAAGUAAACUUAUUCCAAAGGUACGUUAGAUUUGGUGAUAAUGCCGUCAAUAUAUAUGCAGUCCUGAAUGAAAUAUUAAAAAAUGAAUGGUGCAUUUGGUUGAGAUCCUAUCUUUAGAUUUCUGUGUUUGGUUCGGAUUCAGGCGAUUAAGAUGAAAAAAAAUUUCAGCUACCUAUUGGAGUUGAAUCAGCAUUGGGGGGGGGGGGGGGAGGGGCAAACUUUAUUCAAUGCCCAGUGGGCAGAACCAUGUAGUCAUUUGGACCCCAAAGGUCACAAAAUAUAUUUUUAUGAAAGGUGGCCCUUGUUUCAGAUUGAGAGAUGCAGCAUUGAAACAGGACCUUCGGCCCACCGAGUCCACACUGACCAACACAUACCCCAUACACUAGUUCUAUCCUGCACACAAAGGAUGAUUUACAGAAGCCAAUUAACUGACAAACCUGCACAUCACUGGAGUGUGGGACAAAACUGGAGCACUGGAGAAACCCCACAGGGUCACAGGGAAAGCGUACAAACUCUGUACAGACAGCACCUGUCUCUACCCCUCACCAUUAUGCCACCCUGGUCUAUUAGGGGGUGAUGUUCUGGGGUUGAAGACUCUGGAUCCUGGUGGGUAAUCGGUUCCGCUCCCAGACCAUGGUGAUCACAAAAUCAGCUGUAGGGUCUUUUGGUGGUCUACCAGGUAUUGUAGCGAAGUAUACAGAACUGUUUACCACCAGAGGCUCCUCACCAUUGGCAGCCUCACCAACUGGCUUUUUGUCUCUUGUUUGUUAUUUUUAGUGUGUUUUGAAAGUUUGUGUAAAUGUUCUCUGGUUUGUUUUACGUGGGGUCGGGGGAAACCUUUUUUCAAUCUCUUACCCUGCCGGAGAUGCGAUUGUUUUCCGGGUCGUAUCUCCGGUCGCUCUACGGCCACUCAACAUCGUGGAGCUGGAGGCCUCGCUCGGGACUGACUUUGAGCCCCCCCGCGGGAAGGUGGACUUACCAUCGGAGCCGAACCCUUUCCGCGGCCUGCGAAUUUUACCAUCGAUAGCUUGCCAUCUCAGGUAGAGACCGUAGAUGUCGGGAGCUCCAACGACGCAGAAGGUUUCGACCAGCCCAGACCGGGGGUCCGAUCGCUGGCGCGGGGGAGCUGAGAUCCCCCCCGAUGCAGGAGCUUGAUCGCCCCAAUGAGGAGGGCUCGACCACCGGCUGUGGGAGUAAGAUCGCCCCAUCAACGGACGGCUCGAGGCCCCCGACCGCGGGAGAACAAAGAAGGGAAGAGAUUGAACUUUUUUUUUUCGCCAUCCAUCACAGUGAGGAAUGUGGAGGAGUCACUGUGGGGGGUGUUUAUGGUAAAAUGUAUUUUGUGUGUUCUGGUGCUUUUAAUUUGUAUGACUGACUUGGCAAAUGAAAUUCCUCGUACGUUGCAAAACAUACUUGGCUAAUAAAGUAUUAUUGAAUUGUA